AAAGGUUGAAUGAGAAGGUGCAUACUGUAUUCUCGCGUCGAGGAUUCAACUUCAGGAGUUGCCUGUUACAGGCUCAACACCUUACGUAACGGUACGCCCGAUGCCUUUCUCGUCGAGAGAGCAGCCUCUACACUCGAACAGAACAUGUCGUUGGCCCGAGCUGGUCGCAUUGCACGCCUGAACAGGCCCUGCAGGCCUCACGUCGCGUCCAGAUUUUCUUCAAGCCAUGCUGGCGAGCAUGAUCAACAUCACCAUGAUGCCCACGCCGACGCUAUCGCAUUCCCUCGCGAAGAUUUCUCUGCUCCUAUAUGGCGGAGAUUCAUACUCUAUAGCCUGCUAGCCGUCGGCUUCUACAAAUUCGCCCCGUCGCCAAAGGAGGACAAUCCCUUCUCCCGAUUCCUUGACCAGUAUCGAACCCCACAAGAGGUCUGGGCAGCCGUGAAUUUGAAGCAUCUUGAGCUCUCCGCUCAGUCGCAGGUUGAUAAUCUCCUGGUUGCGGAAGCCAAGCGGCCACCUGUUCACCGAUUCAGGUAUCCUCAGGCAUUUGAACAAUACUCUCCGCAUCUGAGACCCAUUGGAACUACCGUUGAUUUCGGCGAUCUUGUUAUAAAGGGGGACAAGGCAUAGACAUAGACAUAUAUGGAUAUUUUGCUUAUGGGCAACCGCGUUCAUUGUCUCCAGAACAUACUCCUCUCACCUGUUAACCUUACCCAAUUUCAAAACAUGACUGCACUCCAUGAU